AUGGCCGCCAUGGCCGAGCAACCCUUCCACAUGUUCCAGCAUCAACAACAAAGCUACCCCGAGCCUCCUCAGCACGCCUUCACGUCUCCCCCGAUGGACAUGGGCCUCACUGCCGAUGCCGCCUUUGGCGCCGGCUUCCCACGCUCAGGCCAGGACGCCUAUCCGGCGGCGACCCCCAUGGGCUUCGAAGCCUCGCUCUACGCCGACACGCCAAACUACAUCCUCAACGGUCGCGCUUCUCCGGGAUCGUAUCACGACGACAGUGACAUGCGAUUGCCGUCCUCGAGCCUUUCCUCGGCUUCUGCGCCGUCAGCACCCUCAUCGGCCAUCGGCUCGCCGCAGUCCAACCACGGCCAACUCGGCGGCGUCGCCGACUGGAACGCACAGGGCAUGGCUGUGCAGCCGAGCAUCGUUGGCAACGACUACAUGAGCGGCGCCGAGUACUUCCCCGGCGCAGGCAUAGAAGAUCUGGGCGCCUUCGACUUUGGCGCCGCGCAGACGAAGACAUUCGUUGACCCGUCGUUGAUCCAUCCCGAGAUCGCGCGUCCGCCCAUGGCCAUCUCGCCUUAUGACGGCCACUUCCAGCAGCCUCCCAAUCCUUUCGUUCCCUCGCCUUCCGUCUCCUCAUCGCCUCAGCCCAACCUCCUCCGCACCAACAGCUCUUCUCCCUACCUUCACAACGGGCCCUUCCAGGCCGCCUACGCCGGCAGCCCUUAUGGAGCGCCCAUGGACACGGGCCGUCGCGUCAGCAUGCCUGGCAGCUUCAUUUCGCCCGGCUCCGCCGAGUACCACAGCAGCGACGAGACCAAGGAGAAGCAGCGCUGCACUUAUCCCGACUGCGGCAAGGUCUUCAAGGAUCUAAAGGCGCACAUGCUCACGCAUCAGAAUGAGCGCCCCGAGAAGUGCCCCAUCCAGACCUGCGAGUAUCACGUCAAAGGCUUUGCUCGCAAGUAUGACAAGAACCGUCACACCUUGACGCACUAUAAGGGCACCAUGGUGUGCGGCUUUUGCCCUGGAUCUGGAUCGCCGGCGGAGAAGUCGUUCAACAGGGCCGACGUCUUCAAGAGGCACCUGACCGCGGUCCAUGGCGUUGAGCAGACGCCUCCCAACAGCCGCAAGAAGACCCCGACUGGCGUCAGUGCUGGCAAGAAGCUCACGGGCUAUGCUCCAGAUGCUACGGGCAAGUGCAGCACAUGCUCUCAGACCUUCUCCAACGCCCAGGACUUCUACGAGCAUCUGGACGACUGUGUGCUGCGCAUCGUGCAGCAGGAGGACCCGGCAGAGGCCAUCAACGCCCAGCGCCUGGCCGAGGUUGAGAACGACAAGAGCGUCCACCAGACGCUGGAGAAGAACAACCUGCCCACAACCACGCAGACGGUCCAGACGGAAGAUGACGACGAAGACGACGACAUGGAGGACGAGAACGACGCUGAUGAGACGACGUCAAGAGCCAACUCGUCCCCCUCGGCGAAGAAGAAGGCGAAUCCCCCCAACGGUGUCCAGAAGUCGCGUGGCAUGACGCACUCGCGUGGUGGCGUCCCGCUGGCCACCAAGGCUCGCGGUCGCAAGAACCGCCGCGACUACCCGUCGUCUUGGGGAUUUGACAAGGGCCAGAUGAACAUGAAGAAGCGCAUCAUGGCUGUGUUUGACGGUCCCCGCCGCCUGGCCAAGGACGACAUGAUGCUCUCCACGGACCACGAGGUGCGCAUCAAGCUGUCGGAUGGCAAGUCAUACGUGACGGACCUAGACGUGCAGACGCUGAAGCGCGCCGAGGGCUUCCUUGGUGCCACGGACGACGAGAAGGGCCCGUGGAUCUCGGAUGACCCGACCGAGGAGCAGCUCAAGGAGAUGAAGGAGAUGCUGGAGACCAACACUGCCUCCAUCUAA